AUGGAGCCCACCAACGGCAGCGGUUAUACCAAGAACGAGGCCUCAGUCACCGGUAGUCCGGUUGACAAGAGCUCGGGAGAUAUUCAGAAUGUUGACGGUGUCGUGGUUGACCAAGGCCUGCAUAGGGCGCUGAAACAGCGUCACAUACAGAUGAUUGCUUUGGGCGGUGUUGUCGGAGCAAGUAUUUGGUAUGGAACUGGAACCGCACUCUCAUAUUCAGGCCCGGUUGGUGCCCUGAUUUCCUUUGCGGUUAUUGGCCUUGACGUAUUCUUUGUCAUGCAAAGUCUGGGAGAGCUGGCCACAUUGUAUCCGACGCCUGGUGCAUUCACUGAAUUGGCCGGACGAUUCAUCGACCCGGCCGUGUCUGUCGCCCUUGGAUGGAACUACUGGUACAUGUGGGUGGCCAACCUGAUGUCCGAAUAUAAUCUGAUCUCCAUCGUAUUGACGUAUUGGACCGACAAGGUUCCGUCGUACGGUUGGAUCUUAAUAUUUUGGGCGAUCUACCAAUCCAUCGCCUUUUUCGGGGUCAUCGUAUACGGAGAGGUAGAAUUCUGGUUGGCGAUCUGGAAGAUCAUCUGCGUGCUUGUUGGAUAUCUUCUAGCCAUCCUCGUCAACACAGGUGCGAUCGGAGGAGACUACAUUGGCUUUCGCUUUUGGAGUAAUCCUGGCCCUUUUGCGAAUGGCAUUAACGGCUUCGGCCAGUCCUUCGUACUAGCUGCAGUGUACUUUUCCGGAACCGAAAUGAUUGCUAUCACUGCGGGAGAGAGCCGUAAUCCAAAGCGAGACGUGCCAAAGGCCAUCCAACAAACUAUCUACCGUAUUGUGCUCAUUUUCAUUGGCAUGGUUUUCUUCGCCGGUAUUCUCGUAUCUUCCGACGACCCUAACCUCUUGACCGCGGGAUCCAAGGCCGGUAAAUCCCCAUGGAGUAUCGCCUUGCAAAAUGCUGGUUGGAAACAUGCCCCAGACUUGAUCAACAUGUUCAUCUUGACGGCUUCAUUUUCUGCUAUGAACUCUGCCAUCUACAUUGCAUCUCGAGUUUUGCACUCAUUAGCUGGAAUGGGCCGAGCCCCUGCAAUCUUGGGAAAGACCACAUCGAGAGGUGUUCCCAUAUAUGCUGCUCUAUUGUCGAAUUUGAUGGGACUUAUCGCGCUCAUCAAUGUUGCAACUGGCGCCGGAACAGCAUUCACCUAUAUUCUUGAUAUUGCAGGCGCCGCAGCGUUCGUUGCCUGGGCUUGCAUUGGAAUCACGCAUCUUCGGUUCCGCCGCGCGUGGAAGCUUCAAGGCCACACUCCGGAUGAACUUCCAUUCCGCGCAUUCCUUUUUCCUUAUGGCGCCUAUUUCGUCACAUUUCUCAACAUCUUCCUGCUGCUGAUUCAGGGUUACGGAUCUUUCUUGACACCUUGGCAACCGGUCACGUUUGUAUUUUCAUACAUCAUUGUCGUGCUUUUCGUUGUGCUGUUUGUCGGUUGGAAGUUAUUGAAGAAAACCCAAUUCGUCGAUUUGGCAGAGGUGGAUCUGCAGUGUGACCGGAAAGAGGCGCUUGGAGAUGUGCACGACGUCGAAGAGCGAAGUGGCAUCUUUGCUAAAGCAAAGGACUUCGUGACGUCUAGAUUGAGUCAUUCGUAA